AUGCUCCGCGUGCGUAAUCGUCAAGACUCCGCUGCAACUCCAUGUUCGCACCCUAUCUCAGAUGCCAUAACGUCAAAGCUCCCAAACCCGAAGGUCUGCCCUGCUUGCUUCAUAAAGCAGCAUACGGAAACCAUCAAAGAUGUGCAACGUCGGCUGGUUGAGCGAGGUGGUGUCUUCGCCUCCAAGGAUGAGCAUGGGCACAAGUCGCUAAGGAAAGAACUACGAGACGCGAAAAUCGGUCUGACAAACGCCGUUGCACAGUUCGAGAUAGCAGUCGCAGAGGCGCAGCUACCUCCGGCAGAUCUGUCUCAUCUCCGGAAUGCGCUACUCGAGUGGGAAGACCAAAAGAUACGUCUGGCUAAGAUCCCGGGCCUUGUGUAUGUGAGUGGUGCAGAAGAGGACGAGCCCACUGAGGAAGAUCGGGAGUUGGCCAAAUUGAUGAUGGAGUUGUUGGCGAUGGUACUCAAGAAGGAGCUUACACCAGACGAGAUGGAGGAGAGAGCUGCGACCACAAGUACAGAAGCAAACCUAGAUCAUCAGCGUCCUGGUUCACAAGCUCAUGUGCCAAAGGAUCGUACUUCUAUACCGGAGACAUCAGAACUAUGUUUAGCGCCGAGCGUUGGAAACCUGCAGGACAAAGCUGCACCAAAGUCCAUCUUCAAACGCAAAAUCGCUUUCUCGUCCGCGGACUCACUCACAACAUCGCCUGUGCGCAAGCGCGUUCGAACACGCAACUUUGCAGCCGUCUCACCAGAAGCCUUAAACACUAGCAAUCCUUUUCCUUUCGCCAAACUUUCUGAUAAUAAGACGAUUCAGGCACAUCGACCUCAGACUUCUGCAGAACAGCAUCGAUUAAGGUCCGACUUCCAUCGCGGGUGCCCAAACUAUACGCCAGGAGUAUGGGCGUCGUCUGCUUUCACUGAAAAGGCCAAUACGAGUUUGUUUAAGAUACCGUGGAACGAGGCCGAAGAACAGAUGCGUAAAGAACAGGAGGAGGCAGCGGAGGAGAGGAAGAUCGCAGAUAGAUUGAAGAUGGUAGCUCAAGCUUGGACGGGUAUUUGGUGGGCAAAGGAGGUGAUGCAGCAUGUAGACUUGGAGAAGAUUCGCGAAGCUGGGUCGGGGACUAGUCCAGAAGCUGGUUCGCUCGCAUGA